AUGGCGCAUGUCAGAGUAAAGGAGCGAUCCGAGGACAUCCUUUUCUCGCGCGGGGAGGACGCCGAGGCGCGCCAGCUCAGCACUGAGCUGGCAGCCGUCCUAGCCAAUCAGGAGACGCUGGUCUGGCGGUACUUAAAGCUCGGAAUAACCACUAAGGUGUUCGAUUAUGCUGGCGUGGCUGUUAAUUAUCUAGCCCUCGCUGCACCUGUGUUCGGAAUAGUAGGAGCAGGUAUGGCCGGAGGAGGGGGAGAUAGUAAGGAUAAGGGGGCUGUUGCGCAGUGGAUCAGUAACGCUUCGUUUGCGAUCUUGCAGCUGAUAUUCGGAGGAUCUCAGAUCAUUGAUGCUGCUAAGAUUAUAUCGGAUUCUGCUGGGUACACUGCGAGGGCUGGUGGGAAGAUGGCUGGGUACGGCACAUGGGAAGGGGAGAGUGGAGGAGCAGCGGGUGUAAGCACGUGGAGAGGGGCUGGCGAAUCGGUGCGUGAGGGCCGUUGUGAGGACACGCGGAUCACACCGUGUGGUGGCGAAUUUGUGGAGCCAAGGGACUUUAUGCUGCAGGAGCCGACUUGGCUGAUGGUGCCGAGACCAGGAAGCAACGGCACGAGAGCUGACGAGGAAGCAGCCGGCGAAGCUGACAGGAUCCUGCAGUACUCCAUUCACUCUGUCCCGCCCGAUCUACGCUCCCUUGUAGCCCAGGUGCCUCUCCAGUCGACUCAGACGUCACAUCCUAUCAGGGAAGCCGCAGUGGGACAGCAGCUGCAUGCCUCCCCUUGUAUGCACCCGAUCCUGCAGUACUCCAUUCACUCUGUCCCGCCCGAGCUACGCUCCCUGGUAGGGACCCUGCUGCCACAAUCCGGAGACGGAUGGGGGAAGACGGAGAAGAGGUGGGCAGCUGCACGUGUGGGCGAGGCAUGGAGCAUGAGUGUGGAGGAUGUGAUAGUAGAGGAUGUGGGGAUGGAAGGAGCGGAAAUUGAGAAGGUGAGGAUGGAAGAUGUGAGAACGGAGGAGGUGAGAGUAGAGUAUGGGGGGUUGGAAGGUGUGAAGAGGGGGGAGGUGAGAGUAGAGGAUGUGAAGAUAGUGGUGACAUUUCAGUGCAGCGAUGUGCCACUCUGGCCUAUCCACAACAAUUCAUCCUCCUCUGCUGCUGGUGCUUCUGCUGCUGCGGCUGCUGCUGUAUCAGAAGUUGCAAAUGCAGAUGGCGCCUCAGCACAUGCAGGCAUGAGUCCAGCAGACUCCGCCACAGCAACGCAGGCAGACGUCAGCAGGGCAAUGAACCGGCUGCUCUUCAACUUCCGCCUCUUCCAGCAGCAGCUCUGUGAGCACAUCUGGGCGGCCGGUCACUGGGCUGACGCUGUUGACCCCCUCACUGGCUACCUCAUGCACUCUGCUUCUGGCAGCAGUGGCAGCAGCGCUGGUCGUAGUGCCGGUGGUGGUGGCAGCAGUGGUAGUGCCGAAUUUGGUGCUGCUGGCAGCAGUGGUGGCGCUGAGUUUGUCAGUACUGGUAUCGGUGCUGGCUGCACGUGGCCGUUCCCCUCCCCCAUCAAGUACAACGAGGUGGACGUUGCCCAGAUCCUCCUCGAUUAUCCUGUUGCUCCCACUGCCACGGCCACCUCCCUCCUCACCACCGCCCCUCUCCCUCUCCUGCAAUCUGCCAUCCGCCACGUGGCAGGCUCUGGUUGGCGCCUGCCAGGCUGGCAGGAGGAGGAAGGGGUCGUGGUGAAGCCCCUUCUUGCUCCCUCCCCCUGCCUUGCUGCUCAAGUCAUGUACCCUAUGGAACUUGGGGGUAUUCCCGAGGGUGUGUGUAGAGGCAGGAGGAGGGAUGGCGGCGUAAGGACAAGGAUAGAGGCUGCUCUUGCUGUGGUGGGCUUGACGCACCUGUUACCAUGUCUGGAGACCAUCUGUCCAGAUGGACUGGUGAAAUCUGAGGAUCGUUUUGGCAAUGAGAGGCACUGUCAGCAGCAAGGCUGUCCCAACAUCAGGCCGUCUCCAGAACGGUCGGGGAAGGCGAAAAGUUGGAUCGCGGGACUUUCUCCCGGGGAGCAGCAGCGGCUUCAGUUUGCAAGAGUGGUGUUUCAUCGCCCGAGGUUGGUUUUCCUGGAUGAGGCUACGAGUGCUGUGGAUGGCGAGAUGGAGGCGCGUAUGUAUGCCUGGCUUGCUAUUGCGGGGGUUGCUAUUCGCAGCGCAGCGCAGUUGCUCAAACAGGGAGCCUCCUCCCUCGUCCGCGACGAGUCGAGUUUCUUCAACCUGAACUUGAAUCUCUCCGCAUCAUGCGCUUCAGCUAAGGGCCCUCGACGAGUCGCACCUCCUUCUGCUGCAGCGACUCCCGUCACGGCUGCUGCCGCAGCACCCACAGCGGAGGACGCGCCGUCGGUCCCGGCGUCAGGAACGGAAGCGACGCCGCGGCGCCGCCUGAAGGUUGGGUACCACGCGGCGCAGGGGCGGCGCGACGAGAUGGAGGACCACGUGGUGGUGCUGGAAGACAUAGGCGCUGGGUUCCUCUACGCCGGCGUGUUUGACGGCCACGCAGGCGCGUCUUCCGCGAAGUUUCUGAGCGACGAGCUGCACGACGACUGCAUGGAGGCGCUGGAGGGCGGCGCGGUGUUGGAGGACGAGGACCUGACGGCCGCGGAAGACGCGCUCGAAGAUGCUUUCCUUAAAGCCGACCAACGGCUGCUGCAGUGGCUCGAAGAGCACAGUUCUGAGCCCGAGUCGGGGUCGACAGGUACAGUGGCGUUUGUGCGGCACGACCGGCUGUUCGUGGCGCACAUAGGCGACUCGCGCGCCGUGAUGGCCGUUGGGGGGGGCGACGAGGGAUACAUCUCGGACGACCAUAAGCCCAGCGGCGACUCGGGCAAGGCACAGGCGGAGAUUAAGCGGAUCAACAAGGCGGGCGGAUGGGUGAGCCAAGGGCGGGUGUGUGGCGUGAUUGCCGUGUCCCGAGCGUUUGGCAACGUGGCUUUCAAGACGAGAAAAGAGGAAAUGAUGCAACAAGGAGUGAAGAAGGGGAGGUGGACCACCAGAUGGGUCUCCAAGAGAAAGUACGAUUCUGAUUGGAUCUCAGCGCUCCCUGACGUGUACGGCACUGAGCUGACAGAAGAUGCCGAAUUCGUCAUCAUUGCAUCUGAUGGCCUAUGGGAUGCGUUUUCCAGUUCUGAGGCUGUGUCAUUUGUGCGGAGCGAGAUGGAGAAGCAUGGGGACGUGCAGCAGGCAUGCGAGGCGCUCGUGCACGCUGCGCUGCAUGAUCGUGGGACAGAGGACAACACCAGCGUCAUCGUCAUCUCGUUACGAGGCUAG